AUGGAAAUGGUGGACAAGCAACAACAGCUGCUUAAGGCCAUGACCAAGCGCGAGGUCAAGGUGGAGGGAAUGCGCUUGCCACAAUUCUUUGGCAAGAUGGGAAAAUCUGUGGAUUUGUACUUCGAGCAAUUGGCUCAGUACUUUAAAGCAAAAAAUAUUGACUGGAAAAGUGACGCCCAAAAUUCUCGAAUUUUAGCAAUUACUCCUGCGAAUUUCAAAGGAAAUGCUGCCGCUUGGAUGUUUCCAGAAUCGGGUGUUCGUUCAUGA